AUGGCGAUGCGUGAAGCCGGCAAUUAUACUACUUUAAGCGCCGCGGACACCACCGCGACCGCAGACAUCUUUGAAGGCUUGACCAAGAACAAAAAAGCCUACACCGCCAUAUACAAACGCGAUGCCCGCCCCCCCGUGGUCAUCCUUGGAAGUGGAUGGGCCGGUUUCCAACUUGCCCGGGACCUGAACAAGGCCAAAUUCGAUGUGACAGUCAUCAGCGACCGCAAUCAUUUCCUCUUCACUCCCCUUCUGCCCUCCACGACUGUGGGAACGCUUGAGUUUCGGACCAUACAGGAGCCCGUACGGACCAUCCCCGGGAUUAAAUUCUAUCAAGCGCGUGCCACACGCCUGAAUUUUGAGGAGAGACAAGUGGCCUGCGAGGAGUAUUACCUAAAGGAGCGCUUCGAAGUCAACUAUGAAUAUUUGAUCCUGGCGGUGGGGAGCACCACGAACACCUUCAACGUCCCCGGGGUCUGCCCGGACAAUCACGUAUAUUUCCUCAAGCAGCUCAGUGAGCUGUACGACUUUUUGAGGAAAGACGUGCACAUCUUGUACCCAGACUUGGAGCACAUGGUCUCUGUCACCCUGAUCGAGGCCUCAGACCACAUCCUGGGCUCCUUCGAUCGGCGGCUCGUCGAUUACGUGGAGCCCAACGUGGCAUGGCUCAAAGAUGGAACGCCCCUCCAUUUCGGUCUCUGUGUGUGGAGCACGGGAGUCAAAGCCACCCCCCUUGUCCAGGCCCUGCCUCCCUCCUUUCCCAAAGGCCCAGGGGGCCGUCUCCUGGUUGAUGGACGCCUCCGUCUCCAAGGCCACGAUCAGAAAGGUGUUUUUGCGGUCGGUGAUUGUGCAAUAUCUGAAACAAGGCCCUUGCCGUGUCUGGCGCAGGUAGCGCAGCAACAAGCCAAGUAUUUGGGCGGAGUGUUGAACAAAUAUUCGGAGCCGCAUGUGAACAAAGAAGUGCCCCCAUUCGAGUAUCGGCAUCUGGGGAGCAUGGCACAGUUGGGCAUGUGGAAAGGGGUGGUUGAUUCGGCGAAAUUAGACGAUAAAAAAGGGGACGAGGAUGGCAAGAAAAGUGUGCUGACGGGUUGGACGGCUUUCCUACUCUGGCGUGCGGCGUAUUGGACGAAAAGUGUCUCAUGGGCGAACAAGAUUCUUAUCCCCAUGUACUGGUUAAAAAGCUGGAUAUUUGGACGAGAUAUUUCCCGAUUCUGA